AUAAAGGGCUUAUAUGAAAAACUCCCAUAUAAUACCAUACUUAAGGUGAAAGACUGAAUGCUCCUUUCCUAAGAUCAGGAAUAAAAUGCAUUCUCACCACUGCAAUUCAACAUUGUACCAGAAGUUCUAGCCACAACAAUUAUACAAGAAAAACAAAAGGCAUCCAGAUUGGAAAAGAAGUUAAACUAUCUCUAUUUGCAAAUUACAUGAUCUCAUAUAUAUAAUGUCUUAAGGAAUACACAGACACAUGCACACAUGCACAGGUUCAGUGUCACUAGCCAUUAGGGAAAUGCAAAUUAAGAUCCAAUAAGAUACUAAUACACUCUUAUUAGUACAGGUAAAAUAAAGAGUAGUGACAAUACCAAACGCUGGUGAGGGUGCUAAGAAACGAGGUCUCAUGCUGCUGGUGAAAAUGUAAAAUGGUAUGGGCACUCUGGAAAAUAUUUUGGCAGUUUCUUAGGAUAAAUUUUGCUUUGGAAAAGCUUUGCGUUAAAAUGAAUACAGUGAAGUAAAGAUGAAUAAUUCCCCUCUUGCUUGGUUCAGGUAGGUGGGCUGUGUAAUGAACUAGAAUUUGAAUUUCUUUUUUUUUUUUUAAUUUUGUUUUCCUGGUGCUGUGAAAAUUAGCAAUUAGUAUAACUAAUAAGGAUUAAUGGAAACUGAAAACAACUAAUAAGGUCAUAUCAGAAAGAUUUGUAUUUGCUGCAGAAUUGAAGUGAGAUGGGUUUUUUUCUCAUAUUAGUAGUUCCAUGUAUAAGAGAACCCACCCACGCCCCUGCCCCCUGCUUCUUGUGUUACCUAUUUGUGUGCGGAAGAGGCCUGAGAAGGAGAUUAAGAUUAGUAGGAUCGCAAUUUCCUGGAGGGCUUUGUUUUGGGAUACUUAAGGGAAGAGAUGUGGGGCUUGGCAGAGGACUGAGGUUGGAAAAGCUACAACUUGUUCAUGGCCAUCAGUCUUCAGGGAUCCUCUUGACAGCGUCUUUCCACAGGCAUAUAUCUCAUUAGUGUUUGUUUUCCCCCUUGAAGUAGAACGGAGGGUUGGGGACACAGGAGCAGAAACGUUGCUUCCCUGGAGUCCUUGUUUAUGCUGGGUGGUGAGCACUGUUGCUGGUGCCCUGCUGCAGGUCUACUGCUUGAGACCUUUUUGAGCUGUUAUGUUCCAGGUGAGUCUUGUGAAUGGUUGAGCUGUUGUCAGCACCUCUGCUCCUUGGGUCAGCCGCUGUCACCUGCCAAUUCCUCUAUCUGUUUUGUUGCCUUCUGAAUUGACCCACAGCGGGUUCUUUGUACUAUUUCCUUAGAGGGUUCUUGGACUGGAAAAUUGCAUGUGCGCCUGAGACUUGUGCUUCCAGGAAGGUGGAUGGAGUGGUAGCCAUUCCUUCUUGUGAAUUGGCUGUGGUGUGACUCCUUUUGCUUCUCCCUUCUGGUCUCACACUUCUGAGGAAUCAUCUCCUUGGCCUGGGUUUUCAUCCGUGAGCUGAAUCAAGCCAAGAUACAUGUCUGGGCAGCUUCCCUGUAGCACAGACGAAAGAAAACAGCAACAUGGAACAGGAGAAGUGGAUUUAAACUUGAAUUUCAUCAGCGAGCUCAGUGCCUGCCUGCAGAUGGUGUCCAUUGUCAGUGCUGCCCAACGUGUGCCAGGCUGAUCCAUGGUCACUUUCCGGGAUGGCAGCAAGGUGACUUCAGCUGAGGAUGACCCUGACUGAAAGGCUGCGUGAGAAGAUAUCUCAGGCCUUCUACAACCAUGGGCUGUUCUGUGCGUCCUACCCCAUCCCCAUCAUUCUCUUCACGGGGCUCUGCAUCUUAGCCUGCUGCUACCCACUGCUGAAACUCCCGUUGCCAGGAACAGGACCCGUGGAAUUCACCACUCCUGUGAAGGAUUACUCGCCCCCGCCUGUGGCCUCUGACCACAAGCCAGAAGAGCCUAAUGAGCAGCCAGAGUGGUACGUGGGUGCCCCGGUGGCUUAUAUCCAGCAGAUAUUUGUGAAGUCUUCAGUAUCUCCCUGGCACAAGAACCUCCUGGCAGUAGAUGUGUUCCGCUCACCUCUUUCCCGGGCAUUCCAGCUGGUGGAGGAGAUCCGGAACCAUGUGCUGAGAGACAGCUCCGGGACCAGGAGCCUGGAGGAGGUAUGCCUGCAGGUGACCGACCUGCUGCCAGGCCUCAGGAAGCUCCGGAACCUCCUACCCGAGCACGGAUGCCUGCUGCUGUCCCCUGGGAACUUCUGGCAGAAUGACCGGGAACACUUCCAUGCUGAUCCUGACAUCAUCGGAACCAUCCAUCAACACGAACCUAAAACCCUGCAGACCUCGGCCACGCUCAAAGACUUGCUGUUCGGUGUCCCUGGAAAGUACAGCGGAGUGAGCCUUUACACCAGGAAGAGGCUGGUCUCGUAUACCAUCACCCUGGUCUUCCAGCACUAUGAUGCCAGGUUUCUGGGCAGCCUGCGGGCCCGCCUGAUGCUCCUGCACCCCAGCCCCAACUGCAGCCUUCGGGCAGAGAGCCUGGUCCACGUGCACUUCAAGGAGGAGAUUGGCAUCGCUGAGCUCAUCCCCCUUGUGACCACCUACAUCAUCUUGUUUGCCUACAUCUACUUCUCCACGCGCAAGAUCGACAUGGUCAAGUCCAAGUGGGGGCUGGCUCUGGCCGCCGUGGUCACAGUGCUUAGCUCGCUGCUCAUGUCGGUGGGGCUCUGCACACUCUUCGGCCUGACGCCCACCCUCAACGGCGGUGAGAUUUUCCCCUACCUCGUGGUGGUCAUUGGGCUCGAGAACGUGUUGGUGCUCACCAAGUCAGUGGUCUCCACCCCAGUGGACCUCGAGGUGAAGCUGCGCAUCGCCCAAGGCCUAAGCAAUGAGAGCUGGUCCAUCAUGAAGAACAUGGCCACAGAGCUGGGCAUCAUUCUCAUUGGCUACUUUACCCUUGUGCCUGCCAUCCAGGAGUUCUGUCUUUUUGCCGUCGUGGGCCUGGUGUCUGAUUUCUUCCUUCAGAUGUUGUUUUUCACCACUGUCCUGUCCAUUGACAUUCGCCGGAUGGAGCUAGCGGACCUGAACAAGCGGCUGCCUCCUGAGGCCUGCCUGCCCCCAGCUAAGCCAGCGGGGCGGCCAGCACGCUUCGAGCGGCAGCUGGCUGUGCGGCCGUCCACACCCCACACCAUCACACUGCAACCGUCCUCCUUCCGAAACCUGCGGCUCCCCAAGAGGCUGCGUGUCGUCUACUUCCUGGCCCGAACCCGCCUGGCACAGCGCCUCAUCAUGGCUGGCACCGUUGUCUGGAUUGGCAUCCUGGUGUACACAGACCCAGCAGGGCUGCGCACAUACCUCACUGCCCAGGUGACAGAGCAGAGCCCUCUGGGCGAGGGCGCCCUGGCUUCCAUGCCUGUGCCUAGUGGUGUGCUGCCUGCCAGCCACCCGGACCCCGCCUUCUCCAUCUUCCCACCUGGUGCCUCUAAGUUACCCGAGAACCAGACAUUGCCAGGGGAGCUGCCCAAGCCCGGGGCUCCAGCUGAGGGCAUCCAUGAUAGCCCAGCCCCAGAGGUAACCUGGGGGACUGAGGAUGAGGAACUUUGGAGGAAGUUGUCCUUCCGCCACUGGCCAACGCUCUUCAGCUACUACAACAUCACACUGGCCAAGAGGUACAUCAGCCUGCUGCCUGUCAUCCCAGUCACGCUCCGCCUGAACCCGAGGGAGGCCCUGGAGGGGCGGCACCCUCAGGACGGCCGCAGUGCCUGGCCCCCGCCGCGGCCUGGGCAGGGUGGGCUCUGGGAGGCCGGCCCCAAGGGGCCAGGCACGGCGCAGGCGCACAGAGACAUCACCCUGUACAAGGUGGCAGCACUCGGCUUGGCCUCGGGCAUCGUCCUCGUGCUGCUGCUGCUCUGCCUAUACCGCGUGCUCUGCCCUCGCAACUACGGGCAACCCGGCUCGGGGCCCGGGCGGCGGCGGCGUGGGGAGCUGCCCUGUGAUGACUACGGCUACGCGCCACCCGAGACAGAGAUUGUGCCCCUGGUGCUGCGCGGGCACCUCAUGGACAUCGAGUGUCUGGCCAGUGACGGGAUGCUGCUGGUGAGCUGUUGCCUGGCAGGCCACGUGUGUGUGUGGGACGCGCAGACUGGAGACUGCCUCACUCGCAUCCCACACCCGGGCAGGCAGCGCCAGGACAGUGGUGUUGGCAGCGUGUUGGAGGCUCAGGAGAGCUGGGAACGGCUGUCGGACGGUGGGAAGGGUGGCCCAGAGGAGCCUGGGGACAGUCCUCCACUACGGCAUCGUCCCCGGGGCCCUCCGCCAACUUCCCUCUUCGGGGACCAGCCGGACCUCACCUGCUUGAUCGACACCAACUUCUCAGCGCAGCCACAGCUCCUAGAGCCCGCUCAGCCCGAGCCCCGGUACCGGGCGGGCUGCCGCCGUGCUCAGGCCUCCCCAGGCUAUGACUUCAGCCACCUGGUGCAGCGACUGUACCAGGAGGAGGGAAUGGCUCCCGUCCACACACCAGCCCUGCGCCCACCCUCGCCCGGGCCCACGCUGCCCCAGGCCCCUGAGGACGAGGGGGGCUUUCCUCCCGAGAAGGGCUCCCCUUCCCUCGCCUGGGCCCCCAGCGCAGAUGGCUCCAUCUGGAGCCUGGAGCUGCAGGGCAGCCUCAUCGUGGUGGGGCGGAGCAGUGGCCGGCUGGAGGUGGGCAGAGGGGACGUCUGUGCAGGGGGUUUGUGGGCCCUCCUAGCUCGCAGGUGCUCACAGCCUCUGGGCCUGCAGGUGUGGGACGCCAUCGAGGGCACUCUGCGCUGCAGCAGCGAGGAGGUCUCCUCGGGCAUCACGGCCCUCGUCUUCCUGGACAAAAGGAUUGUGGCUGCCCGGCUCAACGGUUCCCUUGAUUUCUUCUCCUUGGAGACUCACACUGCCCUCAGCCCCCUGCAGUUCCGAGGGGCCCCGGGGCGGGGCAGUUCCCCCACAUCCCCUAUGUGCAGCAGCAGUGAUGCAGUGGCUUGUCACCUGACCCACACGGUGCCCUGUGCACACCAGAAGCCCAUCACAGCCCUGAAGGCAGCUGCCGGGCGCCUCGUGACUGGGAGCCAGGACCACACACUGAGAGUGUAUCGUCUGGAGGACUCAUGCUGCCUCUUCACCCUGCAAGGCCACUCAGGGGCCAUCACGACUGUGUACAUUGACCAGACCAUGGUGCUGGCCAGUGGAGGACAAGAUGGGGCCAUCUGCCUGUGGGAUGUGCUGACGGGCAGCCGGGUCAGCCACAUGUUCGCUCACCGUGGGGAUGUCACCUCCCUCACCUGUACCACCUCCUGUGUCAUCAGCAGUGGCCUAGAUGACCUCAUCAGCAUCUGGGACCGCAGCACAGGCAUCAGGCUCUACUCCAUUCAGCAGGACCUGGGCUGUGGUGCAAGCUUGGGUGUCAUCUCAGACAACCUGCUGGUGACCGGCGGCCAGGGCUGUGUUUCCUUUUGGGACCUAAACUACGGGGACCUGUUACAGACAGUCUACCUGGGGAAGAACAGUGAGGCCCAGCCGGCCCGCCAGAUCCUGGUGCUGGACAAUGCUGCCAUUGUCUGCAACUUUGGCAGCGAGCUCAGCCUAGUAUACGUGCCCUCUGUGCUGGAGAAGCUGGACUGAGGGUGGGCCUCCCUGCCCGUCUGGCUGGGGUGCUCUGUGGGGCAAUGUGCUGGACCUGGACUGGGGGAAGAGCUGAAUCUUUGGGAAGCUGCCUCUGAACUGUCCUGUCCUGCCUCAUGACUGUAAUAUUAAACUUUUUUUUAAAAAUCA